AUGGCGAGGAAGAUGCUCGUCGACGGGGAGGUGGCGGCCGUCGCGGACGCCGGGCAGUACGACUACGAUCUGUUCGUCAUCGGAGCGGGCAGCGGCGGCGUUCGCGGCUCUCGCUUGGCCGCCUCCUUCGGAGCUAAGGUUGCGAUUUGUGAGCUCCCAUUCCACCCCAUCAGCUCAGAGUGGCUAGGAGGACAUGGUGGGACGUGUGUGAUACGUGGUUGCGUACCCAAAAAGAUACUGGUGUAUGGUGCAUCUUUCCGCGGUGAAUUUGAGGAUUCAAAGAAUUUUGGGUGGGAGAUUAAUGGAGAUAUUAACUUCAAUUGGAAAAAGCUGUUGGAAAAUAAGACUAAAGAAAUCGUUAGAUUAAAUGGAGUGUAUCAGAAGAUCCUUACCAAUGCCGGUGUGACAUUGAUUGAAGGGGCAGGGAGUCUAGUUGAUGCUCAUACUGUUGAAGUUAGCCAGCCCGAUGGUUCAAAGCAAAGGUAUACAGCGAAGCACAUUUUGAUUGCGACUGGUAGCCGUGCUCAACGUGUCAACAUACCUGGAAAGGAGCUGGCUAUUACUUCAGAUGAGGCCUUGAGCUUGGAGGAGCUUCCAAAGCGCGCUGUAAUCCUCGGUGGCGGAUAUAUUGCUGUUGAAUUUGCUUCUAUCUGGAGGGGGAUGGGUGCUGAAGUAGAUCUGUUUUAUCGAAGGGAGCUUCCUCUAAGAGGUUUUGAUGAUGAGAUGAGAGCUGUUGUUGCAAGCAACCUUGAGGGAAGGGGAAUCAAAUUGCAUCCAGGGACAAAUCUGUCUGAGUUGAGUAAAACGGCUGAUGGCAUAAAAGUUGUAACUGAUAAAGGAGAAGAGCUCAUUGCAGAUGUUGUUCUAUUUGCGACAGGGCGCACACCAAACUCCCAGAGACUGAACUUGCAAGCUGCAGGUGUUGAGGUUGACCAGAUUGGCGCCAUCAAGAAAACUGUGUUUGGUGGCCAGCAAGUUAAGCCUGAUUACGGAGAUGUUCCUUGUGCUGUUUUCUCCAUUCCACCACUAUCUGUAGUGGGCCUCAGCGAACAACAGGCCUUGGAGGAAGCCAAUAGCGAUAUUCUUGUUUUCACCUCAUCAUUCAACCCAAUGAAGAACAGCAUAUCCAAGCGCCAGGAGAAGACUAUCAUGAAACUGGUAGUUGAUGCUGAAACUGACAGAGUACUUGGUGCGUCCAUGUGUGGACCAGAUGCACCUGAAAUUAUCCAGGGCUUUGCUGUUGCGCUUAAAUGUGGAGCCACCAAAGCGAACUUCGACAGCACUGUCGGAAUCCACCCUUCUGCUGCUGAGGAGUUCGUGACCAUGCGGACCGUGACAAGGCGCGUGAGCCCGACAUCCAAGCCAAAGACGAACUUGUAA